AUGUCCGACGGGGAGCACGCUACCGAGACAUCACCUCUUAUUUCAAAUGCGAUCCGAAGUAUAGAGCCCGGUAAUGGUCUUACUCCAGAUUCUGCCAACACCGGUGCUGGGGUCACAGGAAAUGGCACAUUCAAUGCCAAUGGAACGCCAAUUGAUGAUGAUCCGGAGAGCCAAGGAGCCCCAGGCGAUCAGGUAAAGCACCAAGGCUUGCCUGAAGUCAAGAAGAGGAUGAAAUAUAUCUUCCCGGCCGUGGCUAUUGGUGUCUUUCUUUCCGCCGCAGACCAAACAAUCAUUGUUAGCAGCUAUGGCCGAAUAGGCACCGAACUCAAUGCGUUGAACAAAACAAGUUGGAUUGCCACAGCAUACUUCCUCACAUUAACAUCAUGCCAACCAUUGUAUGGCAAGCUCUCGGAUAUCUUUGGCCGUAAGGUUUGCCUACUGUUUGGCUACACUGUGUUUGGGCUUGGCUGUCUGUGGUGCGGCCUCAGUCCGAAUAUCGAGCAUCUGAUCGCUGCUCGGGCCUUUGCCGGCAUCGGAAGCGGUGCGAUGACGACUUGCUUUUCAAUCAUCCUGUCUGAUGUCUGCACCCUGCGGGAGCGAGGAACCUGGCAAGGCUACAUCAACAUCGUCUAUGCAGCGGGGGCCAGCGCUGGAGCUCCGCUUGGUGGAAUCUUCGCAGACUACAUCGGCUGGCGAUGGAGCUUCCUCAUCCAAGCACCCAUGUGCUUAGUCGCCUUCGUUGCGGUAUAUCUCGUACUGAAUCUCCCGGAGCGAGAGAAUGUUGGAGGAUGGAAGAAGAACCUCAAGAGAAUCGAUUUCGGCGGAGCCAUCUUCUUGAUCGCCGCAGUUUUCACGCUACUGCUGGCCUUGGAUCGCGGCAGCAAUGUUUCUUGGCAAGCUCCCAUCACGCUGAUAUCAUUGGGCCUUUCCAUACCUCUCUUUGCUGCUUUCAUCGUUGUGGAGACGAAGGUGGCAACAGAGCCAUUCGCGCCUGGGCACAUCGUUUUCAAUCGGUCAAUCAUCGCCUGCUACCUUUGCAACCUGUUUGCCAUGGCUGGCUGGUUGGCUACAUCGUUUUAUAUCCCACUAUACUGGCAGGUUGCUAAACACAUCACAGCAACUGGUGCUGGUGUCCGCAUGAUUCCCGCCGUUCUUAUGGGUGUAUCGGGAUCACUGUUCGCUGGAUUCUAUAUGAAGUGGACGGGCCGAUUCUACUGGCUUACAAUUUUGAGCUACUCUGGUCUGGUUGUCGGUACAGUCUUGAUCUUCCUUUGCUCCGGCGUGCUCGUUAGCAGCACUGCGGGUAUGAUUGUGGGAAUGUGUAUCAACGGGUUCAGCAACGGCAACGGCAUUACAACGACGCUCAUCGGAAUCAUCGCCAACGCUUCACAUGAAGAUCAAGCCAUUGCAACAGCUUGUUCCUACCUCUUCCGAUCAUUGGGAAGCGUGCUUGGAGUCUCGCUUUCGGCGACGGUGGCCAACAACGCACUACGCAAUAGUCUGGCUUCUGAACUACCGAACCUAGGUCUUCCAGAGGGAGAAGCACUUGAAAUUGCGGACAAGGUACGCGAGAGCCUGGCUUACUUACGAAAUCUGGAGCCGAAUGUGAGGGUCGUUGUGGAAGCGUGCUACGCUCGGAGUACCACAGCUGCGUUUUCAUUCCAGAUUGUUCUCGUCGCUGGGGCGGCGAUUAGUGCAUGGUUCAUCAGGGAAAAGUCACUUAGCAGAUGA